AUGACAUCUACCGCAUUCGGCAUAGGAAAAGGCGGCUACAACGGACCCCGAGGCCCGACGAAGCCGGCCGUGAAAGCGCCGGAGCGCGCCCCGGAUGCCGUGCACAUCAUCAAGGCCACUCCGGAGGCGGCCCUCCUGUACCGCCUCUGCGGAGACUACAGCUCCCUCCACGCGAACGAGGCGUUUGGGCAGCGCGCCGGAUUCAAGGGGUCCAUCCUACAAGGCCUGGGCACCUGGAACAUGGCCGCACAUGCCUAUGGGGCCAGGUUCAAGAGCGUCGUUUAUCCCGGAGAAACUCUCGAGACGCGCAUGUGGGUUGUCAAGAGCGGAGGCGGAAUGGAUGAUGUUGUCUUUGAGACAGUUGUCCAGGACGACGGGCGAAUCGCUCUAUCCAACGGAUACGCCAAGAUUUUGCAAGCGAAACCAAAGGUAUGA